AUGGCUGAAGUAAUUUCCCUAAUGGACAUCGACGGCGAGAACGACGACAGCGGCCUGCCCCCAAACCCUAGCAGCAAGGGGAAAAACGUCGUCGUUGCAGCUGGUCCGGCUGACAGCAAGGCCACCCCUUGGGUCGAGAAGUACCGCCCUCAGUCUCUAGAAGACGUCGCUGCGCACCGCGACAUUGUUGAAACCAUUGAUAGGUUAGCAAAUGGAAACAGAUUACCACAUUUGCUGCUGUACGGGCCACCUGGGACAGGGAAGACAUCAACUGUCCUUGCAUUGGCUCGUAAGCUUUAUGGGAACCAAUUGCACAACAUGGUCCUGGAGCUUAACGCGUCUGAUGAUCGUGGUAUUGAUGUUGUGAGACAGCAAAUUCAGGACUUUGCGAGCACUCAGAGCUUCUCUUUUGGUGCAAAGUCUUCCGUGAAAUUGGUUCUAUUGGAUGAGGCGGAUGCCAUGACGAAGGAUGCUCAAUUUGCUUUGCGUAGAGGCAAGAACCUUUCACUUCUCUUACAGCUUUAUCCACCAAAUUUUCUUUCGCUUUGCUUCAUACAUAUAUUCAGGCUUGAUGUUCCUGAGAAUGGUAUGAAAGCUCUUGUAAGGCUCAGCAAUGGUGACAUGAGAAAGGCUCUCAACAUUUUACAGUCAACACAUAUGGCUUCCCAGCAGAUCACUGAAGAAGCUGUGUACUUAUGCACAGGAAAUCCUUUGCCUAGAGACAUUGAGCAGAUUUGCCAUUGGCUCCUAAACGAGCCUUUUGCCACUAGCUGUAAAAGAAUCUCUGAGAUGAAGACCCGGAAAGGGUUGGCUCUGCUUGAUAUUGUGAGAGAAGUAACCAUGUUUGUUUUCAAGAUCAAGAUGCCGGCAGAUGUUCGCAUUAAGCUCAUUAAUGAUAUGGCCGAUAUUGAGUAUGUACCUUCCAUUUUUUACAGUUAA